UAAAUGAGUAGUAUCAUAAAAUGUCCUCUUCUAUAUUUCUAGCAUUUCGUAGAGAGAUCUUAAUUCUAAAUUGAUCCGUGGGAGUUUAUUGCUAGAAUAAGAUAUUCUAUAUCGUUUCUAAUUGUGGGUAUUCCUCACCAAGUAAUGAUAGAAUUGUAUGGAUAGAAAAUGUGGUAGAUUCAGGGUAGGUCAUUAAUAUAUCUAAAAUCUAUCCUACCAGCUAUUUGUCAUCAUACCCACCUAGAAUGCCAAUACUAUAAUUGUUUUAGAAUGUUAUCUACUGCAAAUUUAUACCAUUCUCAAUUGAGUUCCCUCAAGGCAGGUGUUUAACAAGUUAGGAUUUGUCCUGUGGCUUUAAGGCUUUCUCUACUUCCUCUUUUUGAGCUUCAAAUAGUUUCCUUAGGAACUCUUUGAGCUCAUCAUGUGAGACAUCAUCUGAUCCAUCCUCAUCAAGUUCAGCGAAGACUUCCUUAAUAACCUGCUCAUCUGGAUUAUUUUUCAUUCCCAUUUCUUGGCAAAUAUUGCCAAUGAAGGACUUAAUUUCUGCUUUAUCAAGUGACCCACUCUGGUCGACAUCAAUAGUCUUAAAAACCUCUUUUCAGACAUGAUCAAAGGUCUCCUCAUCCCCAAGGAUUACUGAGAGGGCUUCUAAUGUAGACUCAAGCUCUUCCUGUUCGUUUGACAUUUG